AACCUCAAAAAUUCAACAUAACCUCAUAAAUUUGUUAACAACAUUAUCCAAUAUGAUUUUGAGAAAUUUGGAUAAAAGGAGUAUUUUAAAGCAGGUUGAAAAGCAACUAAUUUGUCAUUAUUCUAGUGCGGCCGAAGCAGCCGCAGAUUCAAAAGUCGAAGAAUUCAAAGCUUUAAACUUGAAACAUGUGAAAGGACAAGUCAUUCAAAAAAAACAGCCCAGAAAACUGGAAAUACUAUCUCCAAGAUCCAAACAAAUGGCUGUUGAUCAAGAUUGGGGAAAUGUUUGGCCAGGUCCCAGGUCGUUUCAUCCAGCUACUGUGCCACUGCCGUUGCGACAGGGUUAUGUUGAAAAAGGGGCACCACCGGAUAAAUAUGCAAAUGCUGAGCUGAUGAAGAUACCAAACUUCUUGCAUUUGACACCUCCAGUAAUUAAAAGACAAUGUGAGGCAUUAAAACAGUUCUGCACUCCUUGGCCAGAAGGCUUGGACACUGAAGAGAAAACAAUAAGUAAUUUCCCUAUUGAAGUAAUUACCAGUAAUUACUGCCAGUCAUCACCAACAAUUAGAAAUCCUUUGUCAAGGAUUGUUACACUGAAAAUUAAGGUGUCUUCUUUAAAUUUCAACGAAAGAGCUAAAGAUAAAUUGUUAAGAUUAGUUGGUGACAGAUAUGAUGAGGCAACUGAUAUUUUAACAAUAGUUACAGACCGUUGUCCAUUAAGGAAACAAAACUAUGAUUAUGCCAUGUAUUUACUAACAGCAUUGUAUCAUGAGUCACUGAAAGUUGAACCUUGGGAGCAAUUAAAAUCUGAAGCUGACAUGGAAUAUUAUGAUUGGAAUAAUAAUCAAUCCAAAAAAUCAGUGGAGGAGAUUUUUGCUAAACCAGCUGAUCAAAUACCAAAUAUAAAGACAUAUUCUGAGGCAGUCAGCAAUUUAAUGAAUGAAGGUGAAAAUGAUUACACCCUAACAAAAUAUGGUGAAGCAGUGAAACAACUUUUAAACCUAUCAAAAUAAGAGUACAAUUGUAUAUAGUUUAUGAAUAAAAUAUAAAUUUUAA